GACAAGGUGGGAUUUCCACCGACCGGAAGUUACGACACUUCCUCAGUUCCUCAUAGUGGCACUGACGUGUCUGAUCGUGGAUUUUGAAGUUUCGGGUUCAUCGGUGUUUGGCAGAGAUGCUGGACUUCUUCGCCAUCUUCAGUAAGGGGGGGAUCGUGUUGUGGUGUUUUCAGGGAGCCGGGGUCACGGAAUCCUUCACCGGGCCUGUCAACGCUCUCAUCCGCUCCGUCAUCCUUCAGGAGAGGAGUGGAAAUAACUCCUUUACUCACAAUGCCCUCAGUCUUAAAUACAAGCUGGACAAUGAGUUUGAACUCGUGUUUGUGGUGGGUUUUCAAAAGAUCCUGACGCUGACGUAUGUGGACAAGUUUAUAGAUGACGUCCAGCUUCAGUUUAGAGAUCGAUACAAGAAUAAGCUUGAGCAGAGAGGUGCCUUGAAGUUCCUACUCCAUAACUUUGAGUUUGGAGAUGACUUCCACCAACUCCUUAAGGAGGCGGAGGAGAGCAGCAGGGCCAAGGCCCGCGCAUCUAUGAGGACUUUCAAUGAGUCUCAGAAGUCCCAGAAAACUGUGAAGUCUAUGAUUGAGACAAAAGAUGGAGAUAAAAUCAAAGAGCCAGGUGGCAAGAAAUCCAAAAACCCCAAAAAAGAAGUUGAAACGAGGGUUGAUCAGCCUAAAGCUGCCCCACAGACCCCCCCGAAAAAAAACGUGGAGAACGGAAUCGAGGCUCUGACCCAAGAGGAGAUCAUUGAGCAGAACCGUGCCAAGUUCAUCAGCAAGCAGUUAGGUGGAGGAAAACCAGAAAAGAUCAGCAAGUCGUCCCCUAAACCCCAGAAGCCAAAGGGGAAGGAGAAACGUGUGUGGGACAUGGGUGGAAAAAUCACUAGAGAGCUGGACUACAGUGGCCCCAACGGCGACAACUCCAGUGAUGCACAAAACCAAGACAAGAAAACCUCAGUGGAACCACUGAUCCAGGUGGAUUCAAUGAUAGGUGACCUGCCAGGGGUAGAUUAUGAGUCCUCAGAUGAAGAGGAUGACGAUGACGAAGAAGAUGAGGAGGAGCAGAAGGAGGAGGAGAAGGAGGAAAAGAAGAGAGUUGUGGUGGCAAAUACUAACAAGAGGGGGGCUAAGAAGAGUGGUUUUGGGGGAAUGUUUGGGAUGCUGAAAGGUCUGGUGGGAUCUAAGAAUCUGACUGAGGAGGACAUGAUACCAGUACUGGACAAGAUGAAAGACCAUCUCAUCGCCAAGAAUGUAGCAGCUGAAAUAUCCUCCCAGCUCUGUGAUUCCGUGGCCAAAAAACUGGAAGGCAAAGUCAUGGGCACUUUCACCACUGUAGCAUCUACAGUAAAGCAAUCGCUGCAGGACUCGCUUGUGCAGAUCUUGCAGCCCAAGCGUCGCGUGGACAUCUUGAGGGACGUGCUGGAGGCUCGUUCCCAGCGCAAACCUUUCGUCAUCACCUUUUGUGGGGUGAACGGCGUCGGGAAGUCCACCAACCUCGCCAAGAUCUCCUAUUGGCUGAUCGAGAACGGCAUCACGGUGCUGAUUGCCGCCUGUGACACCUUCCGUGCGGGUGCCGUGGAGCAGCUGAGGACUCAUCAGCGCCGUCUGAACUCGCUGCACCCUCCUGAGAAACACGGAGGGCGGCCUGCUGUGGAGCUCUUUGAAAAGGGCUACGGCAAAGAUGCGGCCGGGAUCGCCAUGGAAGCCAUCGCCUUCGCUCGUAACCAGAGCUUUGAUGUAGUGCUGAUCGACACAGCUGGCCGUAUGCAGGAUAACGCCCCUCUCAUGACCGCACUGGCUAAAUUGAUAGCGGUCAAUAAUCCAGACCUGGUUCUGUUUGUGGGAGAAGCACUGGUGGGCAACGAGGCCGUGGAUCAGCUGGUUAAAUUUAAUCAAGCGCUGGCUGAUCAUUCCAAGACUGACAAACCCAGACUGAUUGAUGGCAUCGUUCUUACCAAAUUUGACACCAUCGAUGACAAGGUUGGCGCUGCCAUCUCCAUGACCUACAUCACAGGCCAGCCCAUUGUGUUUGUGGGCACUGGGCAGACGUACAGCGAUCUGCGCAGCCUCAACGCCAGGGCCGUGGUCAGCGCUCUCAUGAAGGCCUGAGCAGCACACGUGCUGAUCCACACAGCAGAGCUUCAGAGCCGCUUCAGGAGGUCAAGCAACUUCCACGAUUUUGCUACAAACUAGAUCUUGUGACCCCGACUCAGCUUACCUUGAAUGCAGUCAUGCCUACUUGUCGAUGUGUUUUUUUGCUGUCCCACACAUUUAAAUAACUGAAAUUCAGUUCACAUCAUUUCCUAGUAAGGAUCCUUAUUGUGUUUUGUCAGAAAAGUGUUUGUAAUUCAAUUGAACGAGUAGCAUUCGCCUCGAUCUCGCCUCUGGACCAACCUCAGCGUACUUCUUUUGAUUGACAUGCAACGUAGCCAAUCAGAAACGCAGCGAUUUCUUACAGAUCUGUCCAUUUCGUCAUUCAGAGGAGCUUGUUCUGUGCUCCACACUAUGUGAAGUGAUAAAAGAGGAAAGUAUUUUCUCACUUUCCCAUUUCAGUUCAUAUCACUGUACUCCGCUCUCACAACGAUGAACAGAAACGGGGCGGGAUUCAUGUUUUAAGAGAGAUAUCAUAUAUUCUAAAUGUAUUUUGUCUACUUUUAAUUUGAUUACUGUAGGUAAAUGAGAUUUACAAGACAGUCUGCACCCCGAACUGUUGUUUUCAUGAAUUCACUGCCAUAGUGCCUCAGCUCGAUCCCUUGAUGCACUGCUCCCGAAACAGGGAUGUGUUACACUUUAUUUUCACACCAGUACAGAACGUUACAAAUGCUGCCUUUUCUCAUUCUUCCCACACAUACAAUGAUCUUUUUCAUUGCCGCUUUUGUGACUUCUCGUCUAUGGAUAUGAAGGGUAUUAAAGGUGUUUGGUAAAAGCGUGAAGGGCAAUGUCUGCAAGAAGUCAUACACUUAUUUUUGAAGCCCAAAUGGUCUCUUUUAUUUCUUUCUCUUAUUUAUGAUGUCCUAAACCCGUCUGUACUCGCCAGAAAUAUGGCGGUCUUGAUUUCUCAAUGCUUUGGAUACCAUGUCAAAGCCCUACAAUAUAUCUUUUUAUUUUCAGAUUCCGUGGUUUCAGAAGUCAGUUCUUAUUUCUCCUGCACAUCGUGUUAAUUUGCUCUAGCACAAAGGCAAGACUGGAAUGCUACAUAGAAGGGAUACGUUGUAUAAGAAUGUGUAAUAUUUCCUAAAUAAAGCUGCUAUGAUAGCCUGUAA